CCGCCCCCGCCCCUGCACACCUCACACCCUCCUCUCCUCCUGCAUCCACCGCACCAUGUCUCAGGAAGGAGCCAACCUGCCCCAAGAAGUGGAGGGCAGCCAUGAUCAGGCCACCGCCCCCCACGGCAGCAUCCCUGCCAACGCCGGAUCGCCGACGGCGACCGUGAUGUCGGCUGGUUCCAACCCCAGCUCUGUCAGCAAGCUGGCCAGCGCCGUCAACAACGCUGGGUUGUCUGAGCGUGCCAGCCCAGCGGUGCUCUCUGCCGGCGAGGACAGCAACGCCGCGUCUUCCAAGAUCGCCAGCCCAGCGGUGCUCCAGGCCGGCGAGGACAGCAGCGCCGCGUCCAAGAUCUCCAGCCCAGCGGUGCUCCUUGCCGGCGAGGAAAACAAAGUUGAGUUAAAGCUCGCAAGCCCGACAGUGCUCCUUGCCGGCGAGGAGAAGGGAAACGACGCUGCUGGGUCCAAGCUUGCUAGCCCGGCGAUGCUCCAUGACUACGACAACAGCAAAGCCGGGUCCCAUGCUGGCGUGGACAACAACGCCGCCCGAUCCGAGGUCGCCAGCCCGGCGGUGCUCCACGCCGGCGAUGGUAACAACGGCGGAUCCAAGAUCGCCAGCCCGGCCGUGCCCCAGGCCAUCGUGGAAAACCCCACCGGGUCCAAGCUCGACAGCCCGGCGGUGCUCCAUGCCGACGAGCACAACAACGCCGGGUUCAAGGUCCCAAACCCCGCAGUGCUCCAUGCCAGCAAGGACAUGGACAACAACACCGAGCGGCCCAAGUUUGGCAGCUCGCUGUUGCUCCAUGCUGGCAAGGACAACAAAGCCAGGACCAAGCUCGCCAUCCAGGCGAUGUCCCAUGCCAGCGGUAACGCUGGGUCGUCCAGGCUCACCAGAUCGGCGGCGGCUGCACUCCAUGCCGCCAAGAGCAACGCAUCCAACCUCGCCAUCCAGGUGGCGCCCCGCCACCAUGCCGGCAAGGACAACAUCGCUGGGUCAUCCAAGGCUGCCAGACCAGCGGCAGUCGGCGCCGGCGCCGGCGAGAGCAACGCCAAGGAGGGAAAAAACAACAUAGCUAGAGGACAACAACGUGCCCUUGAGGCCGACGUGGGCGGCGGCAGCGGGAAGGGCAACGCCGCCGCGUUGGAGGACACCGACCACGACUUGCACAUCUUUACAGAGAGGGAGCGGAGGAAGAAGAUGAAGAACAUGUUCAGCACCCUGCACGCGCUCCUCCCUGAUCUCCCCGACAAGGCUGACAAGGCCACCAUAGUUGGGGAGGCCGUGACCUACAUCAAGUCUCUGGAAGGCACCGUCGAGAAGCUGGAGAAGAUGAAGCUGCAGCGCAAGCGCGCGCUGGCGGCGCAGCAGCAGCUGCAGCAGCACGGCCAGCAGCUGCUGGUGGGUGCCGGCAGCGGCAGCAGCCGCGCGUCGUCCGCUCGCCACCCCGCACCAGCGCUGCCAGCACCAGCUGCACCGGCGCCGGCGCCGGCGGCGUCAUCGUCGAGGGAGGCGAGCCUGGCGGACAUGGUCCACAGCUUGGAGGUGCAGCAGGCCUCCGUGGCCGCCGCGAACAGGGCCCUGGCAGUGGCGGCGGCCGCGGCCGCCGCGGGCGGCUCCGGCUCCGGCUCCUCCUCCGGCGCCGCCGCCGCCAACGCGCUAUCUCUGCCCCGUGGCGCGGUGCCGUUCCCGGCGCCGGCGACGGGGUUCCAGACGUGGUCCGGGCAGAACGUGGUGGUGAGCGUGGCCAACAACGAGGCGUACAUCAACCUGCACUGCCCGCGGGAGCCCGGCACGCUGACCAAGGUGCUGUUCGUGCUGGAGAGGCACAGCAUCGAGGUGGUCACCACCACCAUCUCCGCCCACGACGGCUUCCGCAUGUACGGCAUCCAUGCGCGCGCGAACCCGGCGUCGGCGUCGGCUCGCUUCCCACAGAAUCUGGGUGCUGAAGACAGGUUCAAGCUGGCGGUGUCGGAGAUUGUGCAGCUGAUCAACAUCUGAUCUGUCUACAAUGCUCAUGCUCUCGCCGAUGCAACAAGUCGAUCGCUCUGUGCUCCUUGGACUUGGAGUUGAGCUAGCUAUGCUAUGCUAUGCUAUGCUAUGCUGCUGCCGUCAUCGUUUCGUGUUAAGACUUAAGUCUGGUCGUCGUCGAACUCUUUUGAUUUGUUUCUCAAAGAGUCUGCUUCGUGUCAAGUUUGGUCGUCGUUGAACUGUUUUAAGAGUCUGGUUCGUGUCACCCAAAAAUAAAAGUUUGGUCGUCGGUUGAACUGCAUGUUUUAAGAGUCUGGUUUGUACCGUAUAAUAAGUACUGUUUCGUAUAAUAAGUACUGUUUCGUAUAAUAAGUACUGUUUGAGUUUAA